UUUUUCUUUAAGCAAUGGCUUUUUUCUAUCCACUCCGAUGGAAACAACUCAGAUUUGGACGUGUCUGACAACGAUGAUCCUAUCCUGGAUGGCAAUUACCAACCAUCACCACAGGAGGAAAGCAGCAGUGAGCACAGUAGUGAUGAUGAGGACCCCAUUCCUGAGCCCACUGACCACAGUGCAGAUAAUGGUUAGCCAAGACCCAGUAGAUAUUUGUUUAUUUUAUGCAGUUAGGGCCUUAGGGCUAUGUGAAGGAUUGGAAGCAAAAUGCUUAUUUACAAAACUUGUUGACAGGUUCAUGGACAGGGACAGAGACAGGUACAGGCACAGGUACAGGUUCAUCCCGCACUCUCAGACGUCGCCGUCAAAGUCAAGAGAUUGAGGCUGAUAGCUCAGAAGAUGACUUGGAAGAGCCAACACCAAGACCAAGCCAAACAAAAAAAAAGAAAAAGGGAGACUCUGAACAAGGUAAUUGUUAUUAGUUUUGGCCUUCACAACUUGAGGGUAAAUCUUCAAAUUUCAUAUAAACUUCCACACAGAUUCAAGUAUUUUAUGCACCAAUAUACCUCAAUUGCUUACAUGGGUAAAAAUGUAACUUCCUACAAUAAAUACUAUUUUUAUUCUGAUUCUGGUUGUGCAGGACGUGGACUACGCUGGAAGGCUACUCCAUUGACGCCAAACCUGGCAGAGUAUCAGCAUCAGGACGAAACUGAUCUAGACAGACAUGGCUGGACCCCACUAGACUAUUUUGAACAGUACAUAGAUAGAGAUUUGAUGAUGACGAUUGCAGAAUGCUCUAAUAUUAUGUCACUGUAUAAGAGUGGGGAGCCACUUAACAUGACAGUAGAUGAGGUUUACCACUUUUUUGGUGCCUGUAUUUUGAUGUCCUGCAUCCGAUACCCAACCAUUAGGAUGUACUGGUCCAAAGCCUUGAAAAUCACUGCCAUCACUGACAAAUUCACACGUGCCAGAUUCUUCAAACUGAGGGGAGCAAUAAAAGUGGUUAUUGAUCAUGAUGUGCCAGAAGACCUGAGAAUGUUGGACAAAUUCUGGAAGGUGAGGCCUUUUCUGGAUCGGAUUCUGCAAGGCUGCUUGUCUCUGAAUCGACCUGAUUGCGCAUCUAUUGAUGAGCAGAUGAUUCCUUUCACAGGAGCCUGUCCGUGCAGACAAUAUCUGCCAAUGAAGCCAAACCCAGUUGGCAUAAAGAACUUUGUUUGUGCUACAGCAGAUGGCAUUGUGCUUGACUUUGAGCUGUAUCAAGGCACAGGUUCACUGAUUGAGAAGGUCGAAGAACCAGAGGGCCUGAGUUUGGGAAGCUUAGUCAUCGAGCGUCUGUGCCAAACUCUGCAUCGUGGCACAAAGGUGUAUUGUGACCGGUUCUUCACCACCAUCAAAGGUGCGCAACGAAUGAUGGAGAAAGAGCUGUACAUGACUGGUACAAUAAUGAAGAACCGACUCGCUGAAGCGAAGCAUAAGUUACCCAGUGACAAAGCCAUGAAAAACGCAGGAAGAGGUACCUCAUCAGAAGUUUCCGCUGAAGAUGGAAAGUUGUGUGUAGUGAAGUGGUACGACAACAAACCAGUAUUGCUGAUGUCUGUUGUUCAUGGUACACAGCCUGAAGACACCUGCCAGCACUGGGACAAGAAAGUGAAACAAUAUGUCACUGUCUCGCGACCAAGCAUUGUCCGUGAGUACAACAUCAAGAUGGGUGGAGUUGAUUUGAUGGAUAGAAUGAUAAGUUACUAUCGCAUGAGCACCCGUACUAAGAAGUGGACAAUGCGGAUGGUAAUGCACUUCACGGAUCUGGCUUUAGCCAACAGCUGGCUACUCUACCGAAAAGACCAUGCAAUAUGUGCUGGACCAAAGACAAGACCCAUCCAGUUCCUUCAGUUCCGCAUGGAAGUGGCUAAGAUCCUCUUGGCCCAGCAUCACGGUGCAGAUGCAGACCUUUCGACACAGUCAGAGGAAGAAGAAGAUUCAAACCAGGGAGUGAAACGUCACGUGACAGAGUUGCCCCAUGUCUCGGUCCGUAGGAGGGCUAAUGCCCACCUCCCAGAGAUGAUCGGCCUGAAGAAUGCAAUGCGCUGCAGACAACUAGGCUGCACUGGAAGAACCCGA